UGGCAUACAAAUUGCUAGAAAACAAACAGGAAAUAGCGAAUAUGGCCAGCGAGUACAGGUUGUAUUGUAAUAUGUAUCACAAAUAAGCACUCAGUUGACUCACGUAAUACACGUCUGCGUCGACAUUAUCCGAUUACCGCACAUGCACGUCUUCUUCAUUGUCAUCUCACUAAUUAUCGAGUUUUUGCAAGUGAAACCUCAUUUGAAAGAACGUCUGCCAGUGCUGGAAAGUGGUCUCUCGCAUCACCUGUGACGGUCAACGGCUUGAGCGAGAAAGGAACUUAGCCACACGCCCGCAACAGCAGCGAUUCGACGGCCCUGCCCUGCUACGCGGAACACAAACACGGAAUAUGACGGAGUGAAGUUGGUCAUGUCACUUUUUUGUCAUCAGCUGGUUCCAGGAUUUGACACGACUUCCUGUAUCUUAAUUUUAGUUGUUGACCAAAUCUGUCUGCUAAGUUUUUGAUGAGUGUUUUUCCUCUUUGAUUGAGGGGCCUGUCUGGUUCUAAAAAUAAAGGUUUUCUGCAAUUCACUUCCUACAAUUCCUUUGCCGCUUUGGACAUUGAACUUGAAGGUGUUGGAACUUAUCCUGAGAAACUGUUGUUUUGUUUGUGUGAAUCAACACGCUUUAUAACUCAUCAUGGUGGAAUCCAUUGCACAAUACAACUUUGAGAGGAGCAGUGAGGAUGAAUUAUCCUUCAGAAAAGGACAGAAAUUAGUUGUAUUCAGAAAGGCUGAAGAAAACUGGUUCAGUGCUGCCAUUCCUGAUGGAGAGAAGUCAGGAUUAGUCCCCAUGAACUAUGUCAAAGUCAAAGAAUGCAACUUCCUGCAGCAAGUCACAAGAAACGGAGCUGAGUCCCUGCUAGAAAGACAGCCUGAUGGAGCGUUUGUCAUCCGUCGAAGUGAAAGCGACCCAAGUAAUGAAAAGAACUUCUCGCUAUCAGUCAAGUAUGGCGAAGGGGUACAACACUUCAAAAUCUUAACCGACCUCAGCAACAAGUUCUUUCUGUGGGUGGUGAAAUUCAGCACGCUGAAUGAGUUGGUGGAAUACUACAAAUCGGCAUCGGUCAGUCGGACGCAGAAUAUUUUCCUGAAAGAAAUGAAACCUGCGGGAGCCAACGCCGAAUUCCACGUGGAGGCGCCGGCGGAGUUCGCCAAGGCCAAGUUUGACUUCAACGGUGAGGAGGACGGCGAGAUCACGUUCCACAUGGGCGACGAGAUCGAGGUCACGCGGAAGCUGGACGAGAACUGGUGGGAAGGCAGGCUUAAGCCCAAAGCCGGCCAACGGGUGGGCAUUAAGGGUCUGUUCCCAGCCUCCUACGUCCAACUCAUGAAAUAACCAAGCACCCACGUAGGAAUCGUGCCCAGGUUGGAACACCAGUUUAACGGAGCAAGCCCCAAGUAUUAAAGUCUGCCCAGAUAUCAUGGAGUUGCUUAACACAGUGAGCGUUUUAACACAGAAAUUUGCUAAGCCUAAUUUGCAAUAGAAACCCAGGUUACCAACCAAAGUGCCAUGCAGUGUAUAUUGCUUGUGAUCGGUACUCGGCUGAUUUUUCUGCUAAGCGCAUUAAGUUCCGCUAAGCAACUUUGUCUGCUAAAGCGACUCCAUGACAUUUGGACCCAGAUUGCCUUAGGUUAAAAAAAA